AUGUACAACCCUAGAAACUGGAAAGGUUUUCCUCCAAGAGGAUCCACCCUUCGAUUCAACAUCUUCAAGAUGUAUACCUCAAUGAAGAAGAUCCAAAAGGACAACAAGGAUGCAGAACCCACUGAGUUCGAGCAGAGUGUUGCUCAGGCAUUGUUUGACUUGGAAAACACUCACCAAGAGCUCAAGAGUGACUUGAAGGACUUGUACAUCAACUCUGCAAAUCAAAUUGAUGUUGGAAACAAAAAGGCUGUUGUGAUCCAUGUCCCAUACAGAUUAAGGAAACCAUUCCGCAAGAUCCACACUAAGCUUGUUAGAGAACUUGAAAAGAAGUUCAGUGGAAAGGAUGUUGUUGUGAUUGCAACCAGAAGGAUUGUUAGGCCACCAAAGAAAGGCUCAGCAGCCACCAGACCUCGUUCACGCACCCUGACAGCUGUCCAUGAUGCCAUGCUGGAAGAUGUGGUGCACCCUGCUGAGAUUGUUGGGAAACGUGUUAGAUAUAGGCUCGAUGGAUCCAAAAUCAUCAAGAUUUAUUUGGAUCCAAAAGCUCGUAAUGACACUGAGUACAAGUUGGAGACGUUCAGUGGAGUUUACAGGAAGCUUUCUGGGAAAGAUGUUGUGUUUGAGUACCCAAUUACAGAAGCUUGAAAUGUGUUUGGAGGGUUUUGAGUUGGUUGAAUUAUAUUUUAUGCUGAAAAUUUUGACUUGAAAAGUAUAUCAUCAGUCGUUCUUUGAUGUUAGUUAAAUUGACGUUUGCUUCUUUUAUGGGGGCAUGAUUGUAGUUGAAUUAGGAAUAUGGGUAUUUAAAGCGUUUGCUUCCAAAAAUUAUCUUGAUUUUGCCCGGUGG